GGCUCCUGCCCGUCGUCGCGGCCCGGAUCGGGAAGUGUCAAGCGGGAGUCAGGUUUCCCCGCCUCUGCCGCUGCCACCGCUGAACCCGGACCCUCUACCUAGUACCAGGCCCAUCCGUCAUGACGAACGUGUAUUCCUUGGAUGGGAUUCUGGUAUUUGGUUUGCUCUUUGUUUGCACCUGUGCCUACUUCAAGAAAGUACCUCGUCUCAAAACCUGGCUGCUAUCAGAGAAGAAGGGUGUUUGGGGUGUGUUUUACAAAGCUGCUGUGAUUGGAACCAGGCUGCAUGCUGCUGUGGCAAUUGCUUGUGUUGUAAUGGCCUUUUAUGUCCUGUUUAUAAAAUGAAUCCCAAAGUAUCCAGCUCAUCAAUUGCCAGCCAAGGGGAUGGGGAUGAAGAACCUGUUGGAGGCCUGGACCCAGUGUAGGAGAGUUCAGCUAAAAUCAUCAGGAUGACACCACAGUAUCUGCCCCUGCCACACGUGAGGAAAACUCCUUAUGGUCAUGAACAUUAUAUAUGUUUCAGGGGACUCUACAAAGCCAACUUCUUUGAUCUGUGUGUAAAUCAGUCCUUGACAGAGUGCAUAUAAUGUCCAGAUAAAUUAUACCCCUCGGUGAUAAGAUUACAUACCUUCUGCUUAAAAACCUGUCACCUAUUUUGUUUUUCAGCCCCUCAUCAGGAUCUUUUCAAACUGAGGCUCGUUAGGGAAGGGAAUAGGCUGUGUUCAGACCUCUUGGGAGGAGAGAUAAUUUUCAAGACUCGACUUUUUUUUACUGUUUGAUUUGGAUCUGGCAAAUUGGGGAGGGAGUGCUGGGUGGGAAAUAGGAGUUAUGCAAUGCCAAGAAAUUGUUUGGCUUUGGGAAUUUAUCUUUCACAUACCCAUCUAGGGACAUAAGCGACAGACAUGGCCCUGUUGCAAAAAGAGAA